AAUUCAGUUCUUCACACCCCACAACCCUCAACUCACUCUCAUUCCCAUUUCCUACACCAAUUCCCUCUCUCCUUUCUAUAGCCAAAAAGAGAAAUGGGUGUCACUACUUUCACCCAAGAAUUCACCACCUCAAUUGCACCCAACAGGAUGUUCAAGGCUUUGAUGCUUGACUCCCACAAUCUCAUCCCUAAGCUUCUCCCUCAAUCCAUCAAGAGCAUUGAGUACAUUCAAGGCGAUGGCGGUGUUGGAAGCAUCAAGCAAACCAACUUCCAUGAAGGGAGUCACAUGAAGUGCUUGAAGCACAAGAUUGAUUCACUUGACAUCGAGAACUAUGCGUGCAAAUAUACUUUGAUUGAAGGCGAUGCCUUGGGUGACAAAUUAGAAUUUCUCUCUUACGAGGUUAAGUUUGAGGCUAUUACUGAUGGCGGAAGUAAGGUGACAAGCACAACAUAUUAUCACGCCAAAGGUGACAUUGAGCUCAAAGUAGAUGAACUAACAGCCGGAAAGGACAAGGCCAUGGGGAUGUUCAAGGUUGUCGAAGAUUACCUGCUUGCAAACCCAGAUGUCUAUGCUUGAACCAAAAUGUGUUACUGUUGAGUUGUUGAGUUGUUUCUUUAUUUUCUAUUCCUAUGCAGUAAUUGAAGGUGUGGAUUUUUUUUUUGUGUUGUUUGAACUGCUACCUUAAGCUUGAGAAUAAGAACUCCACGUUAGUGUGACAUUAUUAAUGUGUGGAGUAUAAAACUGAAAGCAUGUAAAACAAAAAUGAAAACAAGUGUAAUAGUAAAGUUGUGCAAGAAAUGUUUAUUUUCAUAUCUGUUUCGUGGACAAAA